AUGGCCGUCUCUCUAAACAAGAGCACUCUCUCCAUGUCAUCGGCUGGUUCCGACGAUCGAUCUUCUGCCCCGGCCCCCAUUCCUGCCAAUAUGCUUCGGAGGCACCCUGCGUCCCUGAUUCCUCGUCACAUGCACGACCCUGUUCUCCUUGGCUUGUUGAAGGCACCAGUCAAUGAUGAUCUCAUUGAAUACGUUGCCGAACGCACCUUGGCGGUAGUUGCAACCCCCACCGAUCCUGUCCAAUUACCUACGCCCCCUAGCACUCCGGUCAAAGCUUCAUUUCGCCUGCCCAUGUCACGCACCUCCCGCCAAUCUCUGUCCCCUGAUUCUCUUGGAAAGAAUUCCCUUACCGUACCAGACGCCUCAAACGGCUCAUCAGUUCCUUCUUUAACCACUUUCAUUAAGCUUACCGCUUCGCAAUCCAACGCCCAAGCCCCUACCCUGCUCGUGACGCUCGUCUACCUCGACCGACUUCGCAGAAGGUUGAAGGGUGCUAAAGCUGCUAAGGGCAUGCAGUGUACAUAUCAUCGACUUUUCCUCGCAUGCCUCAUCGCGGCCGCGAAAUACUGUAACGACUGCUGCCCCAGGAAUAUUCACUGGGUUAAAUGGAGUGGUCUCUUCACGCUCAGCGAGGUCAACUUGAUGGAACAAGAGCUUUUGAUGCUCCUCGAUUACGAACUGCGAGUGGAGGAAGAUUACCUUCUGGCCAUGUGUGCCCCGUUUCUGCCCACACCAUCAAGCCAGAAGCCCAGCUUGAUGGACCGUCAAGCGCCUUCCCUCGCCUCUUGCAAUACCACUCGCACCACAUCAGUCGACAGCGAGGAAGUCCCGUCAACCCCUCUCUGCAGCCCGAUCGUCAUCCGGCUGGACACAAGACAUGUGGUGUCGCCGGAUUCUGACAGCCCCCAGAACAAGAAGAUCAGAAUAUCCGAGGUCGCUUCGAAUUCGACCAGCACCGUUAUCAAGAGGGCGAAAUCGUGGUACGGUAACUUCCGGGCUUCAACCAAUUUUUAA